AUGGUCGUGCGGCCGAUGAGCAAGCCCAGUCCCGAGGAUGCGUCGAUGAAGGACGGCAUCUUCCAGGAAAACAACACGGUCGCGCCCACGGACGAGUCGGUGCUGUCGCUGUUCAGCCUCAAGGGCAAGACGGCCAUUGUGUCUGGGUCGGGCGCAGGCAUUGGCUAUGCCGUCGUGCAGGCCUUUGCGGAGGCCGGCGCCAAUGUGGCCAUCUGGUAUCAUGGGAACAAAGAAGCCAUCAAGAAGGCCAAGGCCAUUGAAGAGACAUAUGGCGUGAAAUGCCGUGCGUAUCAAACGGACGUCACUGACUUCGAGGACACCAAGCGAGUCAUCAACCACAUCACCGAGGAGUUCAACGGUCGACUGGACAUCUUCGUCGCCAAUGCUGGAAUCCCCUGGACACAGGGCCGCAUGAUCGAUGGCCAAUUAGACCACUACCACAAAGUCGUUUCCACCGACCUCGACUCCGUCUUCUACUGCGCCAAAGCCGCCGGCGAAAUCUGGCGCCGCCAACACCUCACCGGCCUCACGACACAGGGCUCCCAACUCGAAAACUACCGCUAUGGAUCCUUCGUCGCCACGGCGUCCAUGAGUGGACAUAUUGCGAAUAUCCCUCAGCUGCAGUCUGCCUACAACGCCGCCAAAGCCGGCGUCAUCCACCUCUGCAAAUCCCUGUCCGUCGAAUGGGUGCGCUUCGCCCGCGCCAACAGCAUCUCGCCGGGCUACAUGGCGACGGAGAUCAGCGACUUCAUCCCGCCGGAGACGAAGAGGAUCUGGCACGGCAAAAUUCCCAUGGGUCGCGAGGGCGAGGCGCAUGAGUUGAAGGGCGCGUAUUUGUAUCUCGCGAGUGAUGCGAGCAGUUAUACGACAGGCGCGGAUAUUGUGGUGGAUGGCGGGUAUUGUGCUGUGUAG